UAAAACUUUGGACCCAAAACCUCGCACUUGCAGAAAAAUAAUAUCCACCUUGGCACUCUUAAACCCAAGGUCCAAAGUACCUCUCAAAGCAGUCCAAGGCACCAAAGGCACCAACCAAAGGCCAAUUCCAAGACCAACCAAAACUUACUCCAACUGCCACACAACGCAACCUCAAAACCUCACUUUUAGUUACCUGAACCUUACCUAACCUCAACUCAACCUAUAAACCGAAACUCCAAAGAAAAAAUAAAAAAUUAACCACCUCUAUCAUUUUACUGCGCAAGAACCUUUUUGCAUUUUGUCAGAUCUACAAUACUGCAACUUGCAUCCGGCGUUCUUUUUUUUUUUCUUCCUCUUUUAUACGUACCUACCUAACCUUGAAUCCAACGAUUCGCCAAGUUAAGCAAACAAGCUCCCCCUCCAAAAAAUAAAAUAAAAAAAUAAAAAUAAAAAUAAAAAUUUAUCCCACUUACCCGAAACGACGAACACAGGACUUAAGUCAUCCCAAUACAUUAUGCCUUCUACUACCGUUCAGAACCCACCUGUUCAGACCGAACCCAAGUCUGCAAAGAAGAAGAAGGCUAAGGCUGAGCGAACCGAUUCUCCAGCCCCGUCUGCUUUGUCCGUGCCCGAGAAGGCUGGUUCCGUCGCCGGUCAAGAAGGUCAGGAUGACAGCUCUGAGAGCCCUUACGUCCGUGAGCUCCAAAAGUUAGUGACACCUCGUCGCAUUCUAACGCUUUACUUCUCGCUAACUCGUUUUACUAGGAACAUCCGUAACGUGAACAAAAAGAUCAGCAACGCCUCCAAGACCGACCCCAUAAUCGAACAGCACAAGGACAAGUCGCUAGAUGAUCUUGUAAAUGCCAAGAUUAUCAACGCCGACCAGCGCGCCCAGCGCCUGAAGAAGCCCCAGCUGGAAGCCCAGCUUGCCCAGCUCGAGGAGCAACUCGCCCAGUAUAAGAAGGUGGAUGAGGAAUACCGAGCUCGCGCCGCAGCCGACAAGGCUAGCCUAGAGAAAUCCCUAACGGAGAAAUUCGAGAAGGAGAAGGCCGAUGCGAUUAGCGAACUUAAGGAACAAGCUGCCGCUGAGGCUCAAAGGGUCCAGAAGGUUCAACAUGACAGCCUCCUGAUACUCUCCCAGUUCCUCCGACUCGCUGCUGCUCGAAGAACGGAGGAGGCAGAUGCUGGUCUCGACGAGAACAUGGCGUUGGAGGGAGUCCUUCUUAAUGUGUAUUCGGGAGACGAGAAUGCUGUUUCUACUAUGAUUAAGCUGAUCGAAGGCUCCGAAGAGAAGACCACCAGUGUUAGCGGGGAGGAGCUUCAGACAACUUAUGCUCAGGUCAAGGCUGUGUCCGCGGCCCAUGCUAGUCUGUUCGCUGCCGAGGCAACUGAAGUUACGGAAGCACCUGUAGAAAUCACUAACGAAACUGACCCGACCGUUGCCCAUGCCGGCCUUACAGAGAUCGACAGCACUGGAGAUACGGUCCAAUUAACCAACGGCCACACCGAACCGUCGUCGACACCUGGCGUUCCCGAGAACGCCGACGUUGCCGAUGACGCUGCUAACGCUGCUGCCGAGUCCCAAUGGGAUGCUAACAACGAGCUGAGCGCCUCGGUUUCCCAGGAAGACUGGGUUAAGGUCCCCCGAGAUCCUACUGAAACAGAAACUGGCUUAACGGCGACUCCCGCAGCAGCGGGCAACGUUCAAUCUUGGGCUGACGAACAGCCCGACAACCCACCAGAGUCUCGUGCUCCCGCCGAAGCGAACGACGGAUUCCACCAAGUCCAGCGCAACCGGCCGCGAGGUGACCGCGAAGGAGGCUGGAGAGGACGUGGCCGGGGCGACUACCGUGGCGGCUGGCGAGGACACGGAGAGGGACGGGGACGGGGACGAGGUCGCGGCCGCGGCGGGAUGGGACGCGGCGGAAGACCCCGAACUGAUGAAUCGUAGAGGAUUCAGUCUCGUGCCGGUGUCCGUCGAUUUUACUGUCGCAUCUCUCGGGAUCGGCUCCUGGCUCGGCAGUCAUGGCGCUGAUAUCUACCCUACCUUCGUUCUCUUUCU